CUUGGCAGCAUGAAUCGCAAGUUCAAAUGGAAGGUAGACUCGGAGAAGCACGUGGUAGUGUGGAACUUUGAGCGGCGCGGGUGGCAGAAGACGGAAGGCAGCGACUGGAACAUCUACUGGGCCAACAAGCAGAGCAUCAAGAGCAUGUUCAACCCAGAGAAUGGCGUGCGACUGACGGACGGCCAGUACGUCAACCACUUUCCCAAUCAUUACGAGCUCACGCGCAAGGACCUCAUGGUUAAGAACAUCAAGAGGUACAAGAAGGAAGCGGAAAAAGACCCGGCCCUCGUUGAAAAGCUCGAUUUUAUCCCGGUCACGUACACGUUGCCUGGCGAUUACUCGCUCUUUGUCGAGGAGUUCCGCCGCAACCCGAACGUGAUGUGGAUCAUGAAGCCAUGCUCGAAAGCGCAAGGCAAGGGCAUCUUUAUCAUCAACAAACUAUCGCAGAUUAAAAAGUGGGCCAAUGCCAAAGCCGUCGAAGGCUACGUCGUGUCGCGGUACAUCGAAACGCCUUUGCUUAUUGGCGGCAAAAAGUUCGACCUGCGCAUGUACGUGCUCGUGACGUCGUAUCGACCCCUACAGGCGUUUGUGUAUUCGGAAGGGUUUGCACGGUUUUGCAACGUGAAGUAUUCGUCCGACAUUGACGACAUUGACAACCCGUUCAUGCACUUGACCAACGUGGCGGUGCAAAAGCACAACGAAGACUACAACAAUAAGCACGGCGGCAAGUGGAAUAUUUAUAAUCUACGGCUGUACGUCGAAGCUACACGAGGACGGGUAACGAACAGUGCAAAACAGCAUGUAUACUCUAAGCAAUACAAUUGCUUAUAUAUAUUUCCGACCUGUUUUGAGCUCUUUACGUCUCUCUUUUAUUGGUUUUUAGUUGGAUGUAUUUAUUAUAUAUACAUGUAUUGAGGACGGUCAAGUACUCGACAGUUUGUUGUCGAUUGCGUAGUUGAAAACGGUUGAACGCGUUCGUAUAUAAUAUAAAUAAAUAUAUAUAUAUAUAUGGUGGGCUUUUUCCGUGUUUUUUCGUUUUGGCUCGUUGGUGAAAUAUCUUUUUAAAUAUAUUAUUAUUUUAUACUACGUACUAUAUAUAUAUUCAGGGAGCAGCGGACAAGAUGCUCGCGGCGAUCCACAACAUCAUGCUACAUUCGUUGAAAGCCGUGCAAAAUGUUAUUAUCAACGACGUGCACAGCUUUGAGUGCUACGGGUACGACAUUAUCAUCGACAGCGACCUCAAGCCAUGGUUGGUCGAGGUGAACGCGUCGCCAUCGUUGAGCACAACCACGAUCGAAGACCGCAACAUGAAGAGCCGGCUCUUGCGCGAUGUGCUCGAGCUGGCGGUGGCCCAUGAUGCCGUGGACACGCGGCGGUUGUUCCACCCGCCAGAGCUGAGCGCCACCAACGGCUUUGAAUGGCUCACCAACGAAGCGUCCGCGCUUGAAGCGGAAAAACAACUCACCAAAAAAGCGUCCCGUAAAAACGCCACCGAAUGGCGCUAGUCCCUUAUUAGGUUGCAAUCCUUUGAAACUAAAUAUAUAUUAUAAAAAGCGAG